GGCGUGGGCGCGGGUGCAAGUCCGCUAACGCCACCGACCCCUCCAUGCGAUGCCCUGCAUUACCUUGGGGAGACGACACCGUCGAAAAGCCUUUCCCCUCCGUGGCGACACCACUUAAGCCCCACCUGGACCCCUCCCCCUCUUCGUCGCCUUCCUCCUCCCCACCGUCCGCUUCCCCUCUAUAUAAACCCUCGCCGGAUCACAUGACCUCCCCCGCCCCCAUUCUUCGCCCUUUUUCCCUUUUCCUUAUUCUUUCUGAGGCUGAGGAGGAGUUCUUCUGGCUCGGCCAAGACGAGGGGGAUCAUCGCCGCUCUAGCCGGCUAUCGGUGCCCCGAUACUGACGACUGGGUGCUGGCGUCCAUGGUGCCUGGUCGCGGCGUCAAGGAGCUCUGGGACCGGGAGUUGGGAGCUUCUCGCCCUCGAGUUGUCGCUCGCCGGAUCCAGAGCCAUGAGGCUUUUGUGAAGCGGAUGAGUUUCUAUGGGGACUUAAAUGGUCAUCAGGGUUGUGUGAACACUAUACAUUUCAACCGUGCGGGUGACCUUCUUGUUUCUGGUUCUGAUGAUAAAGAUAUCAUAGUUUGGAAUUGGGCAACUAAAAGUAAAGAAAUCAUAUAUCAUUCUGGUCAUUUGGAUAAUGUCUUUGAUGUGCGAGUUAUGCCAUAUACUGAUGAUCGUACCAUAAUAACAUCUGCAGCUGAUGGUCAGGUUAGGGUUGGCCAAAUUAUGGAGAAUGGUCAAGUCACCACCAGGCAGCUUGGGUUACAUAAUGGUCGAGUGCAUGGACUUGCCAUAGAACAAGGAACUCCUCAUGUGUUUUACAGCUGUGGUGAGGAUGGCUUAGUACAACGGUUUGAUAUGCGAAGCCAUGCUCCUACCAAGCUUUUAAUGUGCUCUUCAUUCUUGGGGAAUGGACAACCUAUAAGACUGAAUGCUAUGGUCAUAGAUCCAUGCAACCCUUACCAUUUCUCUAUAGGUGGUUCAGAUGAAUAUGCACGCGUUUAUGACAUAAGGAAUUGUCAGUGGGACACAUCGAGUACUUCAAAUCAACCUAUGAAUACUUUCUGCCCCUGUCAUCUGUUUGGUACUGAGACAGUCCAUGUCACUGGACUGGCAUAUUCUAGCUCAAGUGAAUUACUUGUCUCAUAUAAUGAUGAGCUUAUCUACCUGUUUUCGAAGAACAUGGGACUUGGGCCAGACCCACGAUCUGUCAAACUUGAUGCAAAUUUGCAAAAGCUUAUAAUACCGCAGGUAUAUUCAGGCCAUAGGAAUUUUAGAACAGUCAAGGGGGUCAAUUUCUUUGGACCCGGCAAUGAGUACGUUGUCAGUGGAUCAGACUGUGGCCAUGUUUACAUAUGGAAGAAAGAAGGGGGUGAGCUAAUGUGCAUGAUGGGUGCUGAUACACGCAUUGUGAACUGUGUUGAGCCUCACCCUCAUGAUCCUGUUCUUGCUACAAGUGGAUAUGAUACUAACAUAAAGAUCUGGACUCCGGUAGCUGAUAAACUGGGUCCACUUCCAAGAAAUGCAAAACAGAUGGCAGCUAAUAAGCGGUGCAGAGAGGCUCAUGCACGAAUAACGCUCUCCCCUGAUGUCGUCAUGCAUGUGCUGCGACUGCAACGAAGGCAAGCUUCAACAUCUGCAGAGAGUAGGUUCUCGAGUGCGGACACUGACAGUGAUGAGGAUGAUGAUGAUGUCUUUGCCUUCUUCCGCUGCUUCUUAGAGCGUGAACAGAGUGGUACUUCUAGAGGCAGCUCAGAUAUUAGAGAUUGCACAGUCUGUUAGCUGCUGAGUUUGUUGAACAAAUAUAUAUAGUCUCCUAGUACCAAGUAUAUGUCUGCUUUAGACAGCUCACAAUGAAUAAAAUGCUAGCAAUCCAGGUAGUGCACACAAAAAUAAAAUGCAUCGUAUAUUAGGAGGGCAUACGUUUGCCUCAGCAUGGUUUGUUAGUUUUUAUCACAAAUGUGUAGUAGCUUUUAGUUAAGUUAAAAAGGAGCGCUUAUGUGAUAAAGAUACAAGUAUUUCUGUAGUCAUUGCAUACAAAAGAGUUGUCUGAUUUGUGGUAGACUGUAUAAUGUUUAACAGUGGUCUAAGUUGCUCUCUCCGUUAAAGGUGCUUUCAUGGUAUUGUGGUCAUUUUGGAUCAGAAUGUAUGGGUAAGGUUAUGAUCUUUGAUCUUUUUCCUUUUUUUCUGAGAGAAAAUGAUGUUUUGAAUC